AUGCAGGUCGACCAACCAUUUUUGCACAUUGCCAGUGAGUGUAUAGCCACCACAGCCGCCUCUCAGAUGGGGAAUGGCGGUAUUACCCACCUCGUUCAAAUCAACCACUUCUGCUUUCUCCCUUCGCUCGCUCUUCACGGUCCCAACCCCCCCAUGCAGAUCGACCGCUUCUUUCUGCAUUUUGCUGGAGAGGAGAGCUACCACAGCCGGCUGUCAGAAGGAGAGCAGCGGUAUUGCGACAAGUACGCUGGCGAGGAGAGCUACCACAGCCGGCUGUCAGAUGGGGAGCAGCGGUACCACGCCAGGUACGCUGGCGAGGAGAGCUACCACAGCCGGCUGUCAGAUGGGGAGCAGCGGUACCACGCCAGGUACGCUGGCGAGGAGAGCUACCACAGCCGGCUGUCAGAUGGGGAGCAGCGGUACUGCGACAGUUGUGAGACGCCUCAAAGCUACCACAGCCGGCUGUUAGAAGGAGAGCAGCGGUACUGCGACAGGUACGCGUCUCAGAGCUACCACAGCCAGCUGUCCGGUGGGGACCAGCGUAACAGCGGUACUGCGAUAGGUAGAUCUGGUGCAGACGCAUCCGCACAGGACUGUGUUCCUCAAUCAGCCCUCUCUACCAUCUUCUUCCUUUUUUGCUCCAGGCAGGUAGAUCUGGUGCAGGCGCAUCUGGACAGGACUGCACUCACGCGCCUGCCUCGGCGCUACCAGUCCAUUCUCAAGCAGGCGGAUUCGAGUGAAACCCCGGACAUGAUCCCCACUCCGGACCUCGACACCUUCGUGUUCUGUGUGGCCACUCGCCCUCUGCCGUCUGUCCAGCUGGACCCCGAGUGA